GACGGAAAUGCCGCGCUUCCGGAGUCAAUCGGCUGCCGCAGAUCCGACAUCACCUUCCAAUUUGGACCUCGAAGAUGGACAGACGAAGGACAGCUCGGGGAAAAAGAAGAGCCUUCACAACGGAUGGCGGUGGCGGAUCCGAGCACCGUUUCUGUGGGGUGUGUGGGCCGUGGUCUUUACUUGGGGAGAACUUGGUGCGAGUCGAUAUGCAUUCAAGUCCUGCACCUGGGCAUACGGGGACCACAAAGAGUACCAUCUCGCUGUAAUCGCUGACCCCCAAUUGACCGACUUUUACUCGUACGACAUGGUCAAGGGAAGCUGGGUGCUUUGGCUCACCGAGUUCUACUCGGAUUUGUACAUGCGGCGGCACUUUCAACUGCUCGCGCGCAAGGCGGACCCUCCGCACGGUGUGUUGCUUCUCGGUGAUCUCUUCGACGGAGGACGCGUGCUCUCGACUGCCGAGCAUGCGAAGCAUCAGAGGCGCUUCGAGUGGAUCUUCGGCGGACAUCCGAAGAUUCAAUUCUGGAACAUGAGCGGCAACCAUGACGUGGGCAUCCGACAGUGGAAUUCGCCUGGCGCGAACGCCCGCCAUCAGGACACGUUUGGUCUGACUCAGUACACUGUCGUGCUGGGUCACAUAGAAGUUGUGGUCGUGGAUGCUGUCGGGAUGCUCUCGAACGAUCCUUUGGUCCAAAAAGCCGCCAUCGAUUUUGUCACAACGUAUGGCUCCAUGAAGGCGAAGCGGCAGUUUCCUCGAAUACUCUUCUCCCACAUACCUCUCUAUCGGCCGCCCUACUCAUCUUGCGGACCCAGGCGAAACAAAGCGCCGAUUGCUCCAGGUCGUGGGGUGUCAUAUGAGAAUCUUCUGUCUCCAGAACUGACGAAAAUGAUCAUUGACGCGGUGGAACCAAUCCACGUAUUCAGUGGCGACGAUCACACACCUUGUACAUACCACCAUGGCGCGUACAACAUUACCGAGGACUCGCUUGCAACGUUCAGCUGGCUCCAGGGAGAGCGAAAUCCCGAAGUGUCCUUGCUGUCGCUGCAAGGAUCUCCUCGUACGAGUCCACCAAUGCACAUUCACACGUGCGCUCUCCCCGACCAAAUGGGGAUAUACCUCGGGUACGCGUGGCUUGGAGUGGCAUCCGUCAUAUACUUGGCACUGGGCAGACUGCAUCAUCUCCAUCUCCCAUUGCAUCGGCGUGCCUUCUCGUAUGCUUCCAUCGUCCUUCCCAUUGUCGCGUGGUACUUCGUCGUCCUCGUCCUGUCAGUCCUGUGAGGUCUCCGCGCGCGAGAAUUUGAAAUAGAGGCAUUUGAUUGGCUGAUGCAUUCCUGAACGAUUCAACAUCGAACGAAACCUCUCUUGCCG